GGCACAUACCCAACUUUGCAACUCAUUUAGUUUUUUGUUUCAGUUUCACCAUGAAACAUCACAUUUUAUUGCUCGGACUUCUGAUAGCAGCAUACUUUAGUGGUUUUCAAGCUAAAAAUGCCUUCUUAGAGUAUUGGGAAGAGCAUAUAAAUCAUUCAUAUCCUCCACAUUGGUUAGUUGCAAAGGCUUCUCCAUUAAAUCUCCAUCAAGCAAAAUUGUUUAUGAAACUCAUGGAGGAAAAUGAAUUAGCUUCCCACUUGCAUUCAUUUUGUAAGCAAGCUAAUAUUGCUUGUUCAACAAAUGCUCUAGAGAAAAUGACAAUGGACAACACAACCUUGCCACCAAUUGCCCAGUGGAAUGGUAUCAAAGUGAUUUAUGAACACCUUCCAAAUGAAACACCCAUGUCAGUUGCUAGCCUCGGGGGAUUGCCAUUUUUCCGAGAGUCAAUGAUGAAAGAAGGAGGUUUCAUGCUUAUCCCUGAUCUAAGGGAUCCAAUGUCAUAUAGAUCAUUCUUACCGCAACCACUAGCAUCAAAAGUUCCAUUUUCAUUUGCUCAAAUUGAGGAAUUGAAGAAGAUGUUUGGUGUGGUGGAUGAAUCAAACAUGGAUGAAUUUAUUCAAGACACCCUCAAGAUAUGUGAGAAAAGACCAAUUCGAGAAGUCCAAAGCACCUGUGUGACUUCCGGUGAAGAUCUCAUUGAUUUUAUCGUUGAAAAAUUAGGGCACAAUGUAUGUAUAUGGAGUACUGAGAGCAUUGAAGGAUCUUAUGAGAAUGUCACAAUUGGAGAUGUGAAACUCAUACAUGGAAACCUGUCUGAACCACCAGCAUUAUGUCAUAGUCCUCCGUUCCCAUUUCAAGUCUAUUAUUGCCAUGUUUUUUAUAAAGUAAAAAUAUAUGUAGUUAAUAUACAUGCUCAGAAGAAAGUGAAUCAUGCAAUUAUGGUAUGUCAUUAUGAUACAUCAACUUGGAAUCCAAACCAUAUUGCAUUUAAGCUUUUAGGUUUUGGUCCUGGCCUAAUAGAAGUUUGUCAUUGGAUAAAUGAGAAUGGAUUGGUCUGGACAAAGAGUCUACUUUGAGAAACAUUGAAGAUCUGAUUAUCUUCUGAUUCUCUUUUAUGUAUUACAUGUUACUGGUUUUUCUAUUUGAUGGAUAAAUAAUGACCUGUUAUGUACUGGCAAAGCUAUUGUGCAUAGCCAUGCCAAGUGUUGUAAGAGAAAGGCAGAAAAUGUAGAAAGUAAAUUUUUAUCACUUUGUUCAGAAAAAUAUCACUGAAAGU